AAUUCAACUUUUCUGUCUUCUUCUAGAGUUUCGCCAAACAUGUCGCUGGGUACAAUGAUUUGUACCCGUUGUGACGAAGGUUUUGAACCUCACGAACGAAUCGUCAAUUCAAACGGCCAGCUGUGGCACACCCAAUGUUUUGUGUGCGCACAAUGCUUCCGUCAAUUCCAAGACGGAAUUUUCUACGAGUUUGAAGGACGCAAGUACUGCGAGAAGGACUUCCAUAUUCUGUUUGCGCCAUGCUGCAACAAGUGCAACGACUUUGUCAUCGGACGGGUGAUCAAGGCUAUGGCGGCCAAUUGGCAUCCCGACUGCUUCACGUGCGAACAGUGCCAUAUUCCACUGGCGGAUUCGGGUUUCAUUCGCAACCAAAACCGGGCGCUCUGUCACGAUUGCAAUCAGAAGGAGAAAGCCGAUGGGCUGGGCAAGCACAUGUGCAACAAAUGUCAUGGCGUCAUCGAUGACGCUCCGUUGCGGUUCCGAGGAGAGGUGUAUCAUGGUUAUCACUUUAACUGCACGGCCUGCGGGGCUGAGCUGGAUUCAUCUGCCCGGGAGGUUAAAAAUCGUACUGGAUAUGCCGCGAACGACAUGAAUGAGUUGUAUUGUCUGCGUUGUCAUGACCGUAUGGGUAUCCCAAUCUGUGGAGCGUGCAGACGACCCAUCGAGGAACGUGUUGUCACUGCACUAGGCAAGCAUUGGCAUGUCGAGCAUUUUGUGUGUGCCAAAUGCGAGAAACCAUUUUUGGGACAUCGUCAUUACGAAAAGCGUGGUCUUGCCUAUUGUGAAACUCACUAUCAUCAGUUAUUCGGUAAUCUCUGCUUUGUUUGCAAUCAAGUUAUUGGCGGUGACGUAUUCACCGCAUUGAACAAGGCAUGGUGCGUGCAUCAUUUCUCAUGUUCAAUUUGCGACACCAAGAUGGAUCAAAAAUCUAAAUUUUACGAAUAUGACGAAAAGCCCGUUUGCAAAAAAUGCUACGAGAGGUUCCCGAACGAGCUUAGACGCCGAUUGCGUAUGGCACAUGAGAAUACACUGAAGAAGAACGUCGUCUGAAAUUUCUGAUUGACUGUCUUCCGAGAACUUGUUGAAAAAGAAACGCGAUCGAAACGGAAUUGUGGCCAAAUUAAAUGCUUUCUAAUCAUGCUAAACAAGCACAAAAAUAAAAAAAAAAUAGAUGUUAUGAAAAGUGCCUUAACACUCGAAGAUUUUAAUAACGUAUUUACAUGUGUUCUUUAUUUAAGGCUAAUUAUUGAAUGAUUGUCAUACACUGUUAAUAUUUAAGGUAUCAUACAACUACCGUUUGCCAUUCGUUUGUUGUUUUUAAACCAUUAUAAUAUCUUUUACAUUUUACAUUUGAUUUUUAAGGAAGCAAAAUUUGAAAUUUCUACAAUUAAUCUUAAUUUAGGACCGGUUGAAUGAAAAAAGGCUAAUAAAACGACUUUUUAGCAACCUACUAACAUUUUCAAGCGCAAAAUUGAUAAUAAUGAAAAGUGCUUGUGACAUUUAUGUCACACAAGGAAAAGGAUACGACAUGCAACAAAUGAAUGGCAAAAUUUAUUUCAUGAUUUAUGUGUCCAUUGUUAGAAACGUAACAUAGCAAUUAUACGGUUGAAAAUAACCCCAAAUUUA